AUGGAUUCUGAUCGGAUGGAAGCAAUGAAAGUGGCAGAGUUGUUUACCGAGGUCUUGCGCGAAUUGGGUAAACUAGAGAAUAAGAAUGGCAACUUGAAUACAUUCAAGGUUGCCUGGGAGAAGUAUCGCAAAGUUUUGAAAGCAACCAUGGUCGACGAGCAAACUAUGGUCGACGAGCAACCUAUGGUCGACGGGCAAACUAUGGUCGACGAGCAACCCGUGGUCGAUGAGCAAACGUUUGAAAAAAUACGCAAGAACAUGAUGGCUGAGACCAUUCAUGAAUUGUUCAAGCGUGGCAUCUUGUUCGAAACGAUGGACGCUAUGCCGUGCUUACACAGGAAUACGAAAGCAAAGACGAGCGAUCAAGAAAAGAAGAAGAUGGAUGAUGUACACAACACCCGUGCAAACGACAAGCCCCUCGGCGAGGAAGAAAAGGACCGCGAGGAAAUGGAGGAAGUAUCCGACGAUGAAGAAUUAGAGGAAUUGAGUUGA